AUGGGCCCAAUCAAGCAGAAAGCGUUGAUAAACUGCGACAUGGGUGAAGCAUAUGGGAACUGGGUGUGCGGCCCGGAUCUCGAGCUUCUCCCCAUGAUUGACAUCGCAAACGUCGCUUGUGGAUUUCACGGUGGUGACCCUUUGAUCAUGAUGGAGACUGUCCGAAACUGCAAAGCCCAUAACGUUCGCAUUGGCGCCCAUCCCGGGCUUCCGGAUCUUCAGGGUUUCGGGCGACGAGAGAUGAAGCUCUCCCCCGAAGAGCUGACUGCCAUUGUCAUCUAUCAGGUGGGAGCACUGCAGGGGUUCCUUGACCGAGAGGGCAUCCCUCUCAACCACGUCAAGCCCCAUGGAGUUCUGUACGGGAUGAUGUGUCGCGAUUAUGAGGUGGCCAAGGCAGUCAUGCUGGGGAUUCCUAAGGGGAUACCUGUGUUUGGACUUGCGGGGACCAACAUGGAGAAAGCGGCCAGUGACCUUGGGAUUGAAUUUUGGGCAGAGCUGUAUGGCGAUGUGAAAUAUGACGCCAACGGCAUGUUGGUCAUCGACCGGAAGAAGAAGCCUUGGGAUCUCCGAGACGUGGAGAAACAUGUACGACAACAAGUGGAAGAGCAGUCGGUGACGGCGAUUGAUGGGAGUAUUGUGGAACUGCCAUUGAAGAGUUAUCCGUUAUCCAUUUGUUGCCAUUCGGAUUCUCCAGGAUGUGUGGACAUUAUCACGACAGCGCGGAAGGUGGCGGACGAGUUUAAUACGAAGUAUGGGUUGUGA